ACACUCUGCCCUUUGAUUGCCAGCUACAGAAAGACACUCUGCCCUUUGAUUGCCAGCUACAGAAAGAGAAUGUGACUCUGGAUCCAGACUCAGCCCAUCCUCAGCUCCUCAUAUCGGAUGACCGGAAAUGCCUGACUUUGGGAGACAAAAGGCAGCCUCUGCCCACUUACACUCGGAGAUUCCGUGGCUUGUUCUGCGUGUGGGGCAAAGGGAGCCUUAAGUCUCAGAUGGGCUACUGGGAUGUGGAGGUGGGGAAGGAAGAAGGGUGGGCCGUGGGUAUCUGUCGGGCGCACAUAGUUAUUCAAAGAGAUGAAUCCCUGGGGCCUGAGACAGGAGUCUGGGCUAUUGGGAAGUGGAGUGGAGAGUACCGGGCUCUCAGCUACCCCCACAACCCUCCUCUGUCUCUCAGUGGGGAGCCCAAAAGGAUCCGGCUGCUUCUGAACAUCCCAGCAGAACGAGUGUCUUUUUUUGAUGCUGACACAGCAGCCCUGCUCCACAUAUUCACAAUACCAGCCUAUCUAGAAUUCCAGCCUUUCUUCUGGCUUUUGAAGAAAUCCCAUCUCAGAAUCUGCCCGUGAGACACAGAGAAGCAAAUCCUCACUUGCAGCUCCGAAUUUGCAGGAUGGCGGUCCCAUCCUGACACUCCCCUCCUUGUACAACGAGCUUCAGUUUUCAGCCUUGAGUCUCUUCUUGUGUUCUUCAAAUGGUCUUGAAGAAUAUCUUUCUUUUGGCGCCACUGAGCAUC